GCACAUUAUGGACGCGCUCACACGAUGUACAGGACAUGCGGACAUGCCGGUUCCGCGUGUGCUGGGUCUGAGCGGCUGUUUGAAAUCGGCGGAAAUGAGGCGCAGCAGAGCCCCAGCAGAGGGCGCACACAGCGCCACCUCUGCCGCUCUGCGAUUCAGCACGUUUGACAUUUCGGCAGUGCGUGUGAAUCUGCCGGCCGCUGAAGGUUCUGUCCUUUGCUACAUAGAUUAGCAUCGUUGUCAUCCCGAAUAACUGGUUUAUUCAGCGAAUUAGCUUUAUGUCAUCGAUGUCAUUCAAUUUGAAGGUGCUACAGAAGAGGGGGUAUGGCAUGUCACCAGUAGAAGAAAAAGAGAUGACUGCCCUGAAGCAGUGUGUCCAGGCCCAGACCCAGCUGGAGCAGGCCAUUGCUGGGGUGAUGAAAGCUGAGGCACAGCUCAGGAGUAACUCAAGAGAGGUGAAGUCCCAGCUGCACAGCUGUAUCAGUAGACAUCUGGAAACCCUGCGCACACGUGAAGUCUGGCUGCUGGAGCAAAUCGACUUGGUGGAGCAGCUUAAAGGAGAAGCUUUACAGCAACAGCUUCAGCAGCUCCAUUGGCUCCAGGGCCAGUUUGACAUUCUCAUUCAUCAGCUGGAGAAUUCCAACAGCAACGACCUGGCCAACCAGCUCACUAGCUGUUUGGAAAAGUUUUCUGGACUAAAUCUGACUCCUGAAGAAACACCAGAGAUGAGUUUUGAAGCUGAUGCCCGUUCCUUGCGCCAGGCUAUUACAUCUUUUGGGACCAUUUCCACACAGCAGAUAAAAAGUCCUGCUCUCAGCCUGACAACUCAAAGUUCAGUGUCCUCUGAGAGAAACUGGCUUUUGCAGAGCUGCCCCAUCAGCACCAAGAGACAGAAGCUGGACUCAGAAUGGGAAGUGCCUCUUGCACAGUGGCUUUUUGGCAGCCGUCCUGUAGCAAGUGCUCCAGUUGGAUACCAGUCCAGUAAGAAUCCACAGGAUUGGCUGCUGGCCCCUAAAGAGAAACCUCAGGUAUACCGCCCACUUGUCCAGUUUGACUUCCAGAAAGCCUGGGGUCAACUUAAAGAUCUAGAAGUGUGGCUCCUGAAGGAGAAGUCCCCUCUACGUGAGCGUGCCAAUAGCAGUGCCAGCAGCAGCAGCAGCUCUGCCUUCUCAAUUGAGAAGAUCGAUGAGAGUGACUUUCUGGACAUGGAGGAAGAGGAUGGAGUUCAGACUGAGAACAACGAGGAGAUCGCUGACACAGAAGUGCUUAGUGACUGGCUCAUCACCCCAAACACCAGCAACACCAUGACCAACCCCCUGUCAGAUGCAGACCGCUGGAAGCAGGUGUUUAAACCCUUCAACGAAAGCUUCUCCACCACUGAAUGGCUCCCCAAGUCAGACUGCGGGUCUUGUUGCGGCUCCCGCACCAAAUCUGUGGAGAUUGAGAACCUAGGAAAGCUCAAAUGCUUGAAGACUCCCCCAGCUUCAGCUGCCAGCACUCCCGCUCCCUCUCCUGCUACCCCCGCCCCUAUCGAAAUGUGGCUCCAGCAGACCAUUCCUUUGGAAUCCACAUGCAAAGCCAACGAAACCUGUACCAGUUUUUCUCAGUGCGUUUGUGACAACAACUGUGGGAAAGAAGCCUUAAGUGCCUGGCUCCUCAAGAAAGAAGGCAGAGAUAAGAACGGCAUGCCAGUGGACAAGAACGUCGCCAGCAAAUCGGCCAUCUUUCAGCAGCAGGAGCAGCAACAGAAGGUGCAGGCCAUCCUGGAAGCCUGGCUUCAUCCCAGCAAAAUCGCUGCCGCCACUCCAGCCUUAUCCUCACUCUCUGCUUGGGUUUCCCCGUGUGCUCAAGGGGGCGAGAAAGCCAGUUGUGAGGAGAAGAGCUCCAGUUGUGACCUCAAAUCCGCAGCCAAAGAGUCCGACAGCCCCUUUCACAAACCUCUUCAGGCUGAGAGCUGGGUCGUACCAGAGAAAACAAAGACGCACAGCAAACCGGACACGCCAGAGCCAGCCAGCACAGAGUCCGAGGAGGACAAGUGGCUUCUACGCAAGAAAGCCAAUGCACAGGAGAGACUCGUUCUUCCCACAGUAUGUGAUUUAUUUUCCUGUCUGAAACUUGACGGGGAUAAGGAAAAGUGGCUACACAGAGCACCUAUACAGAUGUGAAAACUGCAUCAGUUUCACUAGGCCUUUGGUGGACCCACUGAAUUGCUGAUCAUCGCACACAAUUUCUUCAACUGCCUUACUUAUCACAUUCUGUAGGGUUGUCUGUAGGGAGUUCUCUCUCUCUACUCUAAUGUUUCACUGCUUAGCUAGAUAGUAAACAGGUAUUUGCUUAAAAUUGUGUUCUCUGAGAAUAGGUUUUCGGGGCACUUCACACUUUACUAAUUUGUGGUGAAUUUAGUGGGGAAAUUUCAAGGAUACUCCUAUGCAUUGAAAUUUCUAAAUGCAGUGCCAACUACCUGCAACAGAUUUGAAUGGACCAGAUUGGUGCACAAAAAAGAAUAACUUUUUUUUGCUCUGGUAGGAUAAAAAGGAUGAAUGUUUAUUUUAAUAAUGUAAGUGUUUUAGGAUGCUUGUUUUUCUGAAUGAGUUGAUCCUGUACACAUAGAAGAGGACAGACCCUUAAGCAGAGAGUUCAUUCCAUUGACCCAAAACCCAGUUAUACCUUUUGUCUAUUAGCUUAAAAGCUAGUUUUGUUUUUAUUUAAAUUUUUGCAGUGGGAUAUGAUGCCAAAUAGUUGAAUAAGCAUAUAUUGCCCAAUGUGCAGUUGCCAUCUAGAACUAGUCAGGGUAUUCGGCAUAUUUCUUCUAUGGUGCGUGGAAUACGUAAACAAAUUCCACAAUAUUUUGCACACAUGAUCAUUCUGAGCAUUUUAACAGCUGUAAAACUCUGUGCUUGAAGUUUGCCACAGUGUAUUAGGUGAAUCUGAAUAUGUGCUUGUUCUGGGAACACAUGGUGAAUAGACUGUUCUUGCUUGUCCCGAAGGCCUAAAAUACAAUGUGGCAAACGUUCAUCACAAAAUCAUUAUAAAAUGUAUUUAUCAAAAAUAACCACUUUUUUCUUCUGCUGCUCUGCCACUGAUCUCAAAGCUUGUGCUGGACUGGAAAGCAUGGGCUUGAGUGGGCGAUACAAUAGUUCUUUUCUGUAGUCACUUUUAAGGCUUUAAACAUUUUAUUUUGCAGUUAAUGAUCCAAGAAAUGUUUGGGUCUGUAUUAUGCCCCCCACCACUAAAGGACCAAGGGUCUUGUCUUCAAAUCACUUCACUUAAAUGUGAAGAGUUUUUAGGAUUCCUUUCUUAAGCCCAUGCUUUCUUUUUAAAGUGCAGCACUAUAGAGUAUACUCAACUUUUAACUAACCCAUAGGCUUAAGCUAUUUGGAAUAAUACUGCUUUCCUGCUUUCUGUCCUCUGUUGUGAUCCCUGUACUAUAUUUAUCUAUUGACUAUUGAUUAAAUAAAACAGUAAAAGUA